GUUGUUCCACUGAGACUACGUUUGGCUUCACUAGAUCUCCGAUUGUAACAAAUGUCAGUUUUACAAAAGAAAUGACCAAAUCAGACGGUUAUUUCUGUCUACUGCAGAUAUUGAGUGUCUAUCAUGGAUAAGUUCAUAAUCAGAAAGAAGAAAUCAAAACAUCCUGAAGCAGAGACAGGAUCCACAUGUAGUGGCCAAUUUCAAGAGGAAAGGGAUGGAGAGGAUCAACCUCUGACCAAAAGAUCAAGAACUGAUGUGACUGAAACCACAGCAUUGGAUCAAAGAAUACCACAUCAUAUUCCUGAGAAAAAAAAGAUACAUGGAGAAAAUUUAGACUGCGAUUACAUGAGGCUCUAUCCAAAGAAGCAGGCAGAUGACUUGUUUCAACGAUGUGAGGAGUCUCUGGAGUACUUCAUGGGUGAUCUGGCUAGAAUCAAAGUGUAUGGGAAGUGGCAUGAUAUUCCAAGAAAACAGGUGGCACAUGGUGACACAGGUCUAACUUAUAAGUACUCAGGAGUGACAGUGCCAGCCAAACCAUGGACACCAGCACUAUUAGAGAUUAGGGAUCGGAUCCAAGAAGUCACAGGGUACAAGUUCAACUUUGUGCUCAUUAACAGGUAUGCCGAUGGUAACAACUACAUGGGCGAGCAUCGGGAUGAUGAGAAGGACCUGGUUGCAAGCAGCCCCAUCGCCUCCUUGUCUCUUGGGCAACAUAGGGACUUCAUCUUCAGACACUGCGAGGCCCGCGGUGCUCAGGCCAAGCGCAAGGUACCACCGGUCAAGUUGGAGCUGGAGCACGGGAGUUUGCUGAUGAUGAAUUACCCCACCAAUGUUUACUGGUAUCACUCACUGCCAGUCAGGAAGAAGGCUUUGAAUAUCAGAGUGAAUAUGACAUUCAGAGACAUUGUAAUUGUCAAAAAGUGACUGGUGAGAUGAGAAUGAUCUGCUUGUUUUUUAAGGAAUAAAAAGCCACAAGUAUCAAAGUGAUCUGAUGUAAAGUUCGUCUGCCAUCUACUGAUGUUGAAUUACCCUACCAAGCCUUUCUGGAAUCAUACACUGUCAGUGAGGAAGAAGGCUCGAAAUACCAGAGUGAAUAUGAAACUCAGAUAUUUUUAAUAUUGAAAGGUGAUACCGACCAUUAUCUACUCAAUUGGAUGGAAGCCUUGGAAAGAGGAAUUAUACCCUUGUGAAUAGUGACACUGUAAAUAUCAGGAAAAAACCGUUUAUCCAACUUGACUUCUAUCAAGUUUGAGGUUGGUUGGAUAAUUAAACUAUGCAGUUUUUUUACGGAAUUUGAAAUGUGCAAGUGUAUAUUUCUUGUUUUGUAAUGGACUGUCUCCAAAGGUCAAUGCCAUGACAUACACAAAUAAAUCGAAGGACAAUCGCCACAACUAAGUUCAUGUUAUGCCACAAUACAUCAGCUUUUAUUCAACAAUGCAAAUUAGGGUACCUUGCAGGCAAUGUAUUUUACAAAUAGCCAAUUACAAGGAAAGCAUACUUGCUACAAGUAAUUUCUCUUCCAAGUAAUUUACAAGUAAUCCACUUCUAAAUCAUCCUUUGAAAAAGGGAGAAAAUAUGACUGUGUAAAAUAUUGUUAUUUGAUAGAAUACAAUUCACAUAACUGUAAAAAACAUAAUCAUUUGAUAAUUUAAGCUUUAAAUUUUGUAUCUGAUGAAACAUCAGUUAUCCCUUAUUUUCCAAUAUUUACCAACAUCAAAGAGCAGUUUGUUUUUUUGUGUUUACGACAUGUUUUCAUAUCAACAAUACCUAACUAUUGAAUUGUGUAUACUCCUACAAAUACUGGAAGCAGAACAGACUGAUACACACAUAGGGGUAAAAACACAAGUGGAACAGCAUGGUAAAGUAAUCAAUAUCGGAUCAAUUCUUUCAACAUUGAACAUGAUCCCCAUGUAUAGGAAAUAGUAGCUCUUUUGGCAGUAUUAAAUACAAUCUUGCUUCCAAUAACAUCACUUAAAUAGAGCUCUCCAAUUUGGACAGAUACAAUUGGACAACAUAUUGGUUCAUUAACUAAGAUGGUGUACAAAACAGUAGGGACAGUGCAGUCCAAUUUUAAGUUUAUCAGACAGAAGUUCCUCGGUUAAAGUCAAUAUCUUUGACUUGUUGAGUAUCAAUCUGAAUGUAACAUUUUUGCAUGAGGAACAUUCAUAGUUCUACCUUUACCAAGACAAAUACCCAUUUUCUAUGGACAAAUGAAAUAAUUCAUGCUCAAAAGAAGUACUUUCAAUUCUAAUACUAAACCAGGUUUUACCAAUGAGAAAUAACAUGUAUUACUGUCAUAUAGUUACGAUUCUCUCAUAAUUCUAUAGCCGCACAUUGCAGAUCUUCAAUUCUUGCCUAGAAAUUAUUAAAUUUAUAAUCUUACAGGCACCUUGAAACCAACCAGAUGCAGUGAUACCCACAAUAUCAUUGCAGGUUUUCAUGCAAUGACUUCUAACACAAAGGAUAUAACAUGGUUGAAUGAUACAUGCUCCAGAUUUAAUUGCUCGUCAGUCAAUAUCUUAUUCUAAUCAAAUUCCUAACUUCAAACCUGAAACCAACUCCUUAAUACCUAACUGUAAACCUAAACCUAACCUACAUGUAAGACCCAGUCAUGACCAUAAUCCCUAACCUUUGACGAGUUUAAAACCUGGAGCAAAAUGUCAGAUCACUCAUAAAUAAUGAUGCCUCAGCAUUGGCUAAAGGAAAAAUCAUUAAAUGGUAAUGCUUGAAAACCUAUCCAUUGAAGGCCUGUUAUCUUAGAUAAUUCAAAGUGUAUGAAGUCAUAAAUGUAUCAUUAGAAGAAUAAAACAAAUGAUUAUUUUGUUUCCUCCUACAUACUUUUGGAGAGAACCACUAAGGUAGAAAUAAAAGUGUACUGAUAAUACAUAAUAUAUCCCCUCAUGACAAGAGUUAAAUGGUUCAAUGGUAAUGUAAAAUAUACUUUGGGGAUAACCUUGAAGAAUUUAAAUGGGGAAAUAUAUACACGCUCUUUAUAACUCUUUAUACUUUGAAAGGGGAUAUACAUUGCUAAUGCUCAAACAAACAAUAUUAUUUAAUUGGGGUUUGAUAAAUUCAUUAACUUUUACAGCUUUGUGUUGGGAUUGUCAUUAAUAGUUGGACACAAAUUACAGAAAACCAAGUACAGGCACAUACUCUGAAAACAGCAAAUAACGCUGGAUGAAUAUAGCACCCUCAAUGUUCACUGCCAAGCAGCGCCUACGAAAGGCAUGGAGAGGAUCCUUUGAGGUCAACCUGGGGGCAUUUCACAAAACUUGGCAUCAGUGACAAAUGCAAGUUUUUAUUAUAAGCUUCUGAAAUACUUGCUUCUGAUUGGUUAUCAGCAGAUUUGUCACUGAUUUUUGUCAUUUGUCAAUGAAAA